GGAUUUCCUCGAUUGUCAAAGGUGAAACAGCGCGGAAGUUACCCAGUAGGCAUGAAGGAGCUGAUAACGUUAGCGAUGGAAGUUCUGUUACUUGCACGUUCGUCAUACACAGCGCUGGAGUGAAGGGGGUUGCUGUGGGUACGCCACAGUAGGAUGCUAGGUCCGGGACCGCCCGGGGCUGCUGUGUCCCUGAAACUCACAAGUGCUAAGGACACAUUUUUGCGUGUGACACCUGAGGUGCUCGCACAAUUACGCCUGGAGCAGAAACAUGCAGUGGAGGUGUCAUGGAGCGAUCAGGAGCCAGUGUAUCUAUGCUGGAUGGAGAGAAGGAGUGGCACUUGCUCACGUACAAAUGUGGCUGAACUGAACAGACAGUUUGGUGAGAUCCUUGGAUUUUCAGAUGGGCAGCAGGUCUUUCUCAAGCAGUGCACUAAUGUCAUUUCUUGUAAGGAGGUCACUGUCGAGCCCCUGACUGCUGAUGACUGGGACAUACUGGAACUUCAUUCUUCAGCCCUUGAAUCCCGUCUUUUGGAUCAAAUUCGAAUAGUUUAUCCUAAGGCUAUAUUUCCAGUAUGGGUUGACCCACAUACUUGCAUUUACCUUCAGAUUGGUGCACUGACGCCACAGUCUAGUUAUGGCAGACUGGAACCACUUACGGAGUUAAUUGUUGCUCCAAAACAGCGAAACUUAGAAACCAUUUCCCCAGCAUUUAUACCUCCAGGACCUGAGGAUUUGGAUGUUAAUUUCAGCCAUGAAAAAAGUGAUCACAAACAAAGCAGAACUGCAGACAGUCAAAGGCAAUCAACUGAAGGAGAAAGUGGACCUACAGAGUCAGACCAUUCUGAUAGUUUAUCCAGUAGCAAAAGUAUUUGGGACACAGUAGGAGAUUUUCUUUUACGGUCUCUGGGGAGGAAACCAGCCCUCUCUUUAGGUAGCAGUGAAACAGAACUAAUUAAGAAGUCUUUGGUUAAAAAAGUUGAGUUAGAAGCUGUUUUUAGGGUAUCCAGUCGCAUCCCUCACAUUGUUAAAAGCAGCCAGGAAUAUAAUGACUAUGCCAACGAUAACUGUGUUCAUGUUUUCUUAUGGUACCCUGAGCCUCCUGGUUUAGUACCUGAUAUUGUUGUAACAUUUGGAACAAUUCAGGAACUUUUAUCACCAAAAAGAAGAAAAGAAAGUACAAGAAAAAACACUGAGCCAUCAGAAAAAAAACCAGAUGGUAUUGCUCCGGGAAGCCCAAAACAGAGGAAUUCUGACACCAAAGGACACAGUGCAACAGUGAAGAUAGUAUGGCAUGGCUUUGAUGAUCUCAAAGAUGUAAUCGAGUAUGAUACUAGGAAUGGAAACACACACGUUGGAAAAGUCUGGGUCCCAUCUCAGUUGAGAAAGAAACUCAAUAUCAAUAUUUCCUCAGCUGUAAGAAUACACUCACAUGAUUCAGUUCUCAGGCUCCCAACUUCACUCACACUACAGCCAGCGCAGACUUUGGAUAGAAACAUACAUGAAGAUGAAAUCAAAGCUGCAUUCAGUACUUGGCUGCAGUCUAAUAGUACCUUAAAGAUGCCUUGGAUUGCAGGGAACACUGGUUAUAUACAGAUUAUUUUAAAGGAUGAAGUAUCGGAUUUCUUCAUUAUUUUGGAUAAAUUAGACCUUCAAUCAAGCCAAGAUGAUUUUUAUAUGUUAUGCCCAAGCAUUAUGGAGAAAACUAAAAUUCAUGUGAAUUUUGAGCCGGCCCCCUCUGAAGAGUCUCAUAGACACCUACAUGCAGAUCAAAAUCUUCUUUACUUGAAACUGCAAAAUUUAGGAGGGGUGAGUAAACUGGGGAAAUCAUGCUAUGAUCAUGUUGUUCAUUGUCUCCUGGGCCGGCCACUCUCCAGACAGCUGGUUGCAUCUGCUUCUGGUCUUCGUAGCGGAGGAGUUCUUCUUUGUGGACCUAAGGGAAGCGGAAAAUCAACUUUAGCAAAAGCCUUAUGUAAAGAAGCAUCUGAGCAACUGGAAGCACAUGUAGAAGAAAUUGAUUGUAAACUAUUAAAAGGGAAAAACGUUGAAAAUAUUAUUCAGACACUAGAAGAAGCUUUUGAAGAAGCCGCCUGGAGACAGCCUUCAGUUAUACUUUUAGAUGAUCUGGAUCAAAUUGCUGGUGUUGCUUCUUCCCCUGAACUGGAGCAGAGUCCUGAAGCAACUCAAAGCAAACAACUUGCAUAUGUUUUGAAAGAUUUAAUGAAGAAUAUAAUUUCCAUGGACACUCUGGUGUCUCUAAUAGCUACAUGUCAAUCUGAACAUUCUCUGAAUCCUGUGCUAAUUUCUGAGCAAGGGACACAUCUUUUCCAGUGUGUGAAACCCAUCCCACCACCAACACAGGAAAACAGAUCUGAGAUGCUACGCUGUGUGAUAGAGAACCGGCUAAGUGGUGAUACUGCUUUCUAUAGAGACCUUGACUUCCAGUAUCUUGCAAGAGAAACAGAAGGCUUUGUGGCAAGAGACUUUACCAUGCUUGUUGAACGAGCCAUAGAGUCUAGUGUGUCAAAGCGACAGAUAUGCAGGAUAGAAGAUUUGGUUUUGUCAACGACUGACUUCCAAAGAGCUCUAAAAGGCUUUACUCCAUUGUCCUUAAGAAAUGCUCAGCUGCAUAAGCCAAAGAAACAGGACUGGAACAUGGUGGGAGGUUUACAUGAUAUUCGCCAGGUUCUUAAAGACACCAUUGAGUUACCAGCCAAGUAUCCUGAGCUAUUUGCAAACCUUCCCAUACGCCACAGAUCUGGAGUGUUGCUGUACGGUGCACCCGGAACAGGGAAGACGCUGCUGGCUGGUGUUAUUGCUCAUGAAAGUAGAAUGAAUUUCAUCAGCAUUAAGGGCCCAGAGCUUCUCAGUAAAUACAUCGGGGCAAGUGAACAAGCGGUGCGGGAUGUCUUUACCAGAGCCCAGGCUGCUAAGCCUUGUAUUCUAUUCUUUGAUGAGUUUGAUUCCAUUGCUCCUCGGAGAGGCCAUGAUAACACUGGUGUAACUGACAGAGUGGUCAACCAGAUGCUGACACAGCUUGAUGGUGUGGAAGGAUUACAAGGAGUGUAUGUUUUGGCAGCCACUAGUCGCCCUGACUUGAUUGAUCCUGCGCUACUCAGACCUGGACGUUUGGAUGAAUGCCUAUAUUGCCCCCCACCAGACCAGGACUCACGAUUUGAAAUCUUAAAAGGCCUCAGCCAUUCCAUGCUUUUAGAUGAAAAUGUGGACUUGAAGCAUAUUGCCUCUCUGACGGAUUACUUCACAGGAGCGGAUCUUAAAGCCUUGCUGUAUAACGCUCAGCUGGAGGCAAUUCAUACUAACCUGUCGGUAACCGUUCCUCAGGACAACAAUUCUGGAUCUGACAGUGAUAUGAGCUUGUCUUCCAUAAUAUUCCUGAACCACAGCAGUGCUUCUGAUGACUCGGGAGGAGACCAAGAUAGUGUUCUAGAUCACUCUUUACCCUCCUUGGAUAUGAUAAAGCUUCCCAUCGAAGACAUUCAUUCCAGCAUGUGGCGUCUUUACUUUGGAAAUUCAUAUGAUUCAGACCUUGGAAACGGCAGUUCAGAACAGACUUCCCAGAGCUUUUCUGGAAGCAAUUCCAUUACACAUGAGUUUACUGGCCCGACUAUAGGAGAAUUAGUGCCUUCACAACCUCUAGUGUUUAUAAGCAGCUCACCAGAAGAUCACCAGCAACACAGUCAGGAACAAUGUCAGAAAGUAGAUGAUGAGAUCAGUGUACCCAAGGCCAACUGCAUGAAUGUGGUCUAUGACUCCCACAGCCAAAUGGAGUCCAAGAAGAGCCUUCUGAUUAAGCAGCAUCACCUUCUCAAUGCGCUUGCCAGCACAAGGCCAUCCAUUAGCCAAGAGGACUGGAAGUUUUUUAACCACCUUUACGAAAACUUUAAAAACCCAAAGCAGUCGAGCAGAGAAACUUGGAGAAGUGGACAAAAAGUGACCCUUGCCUAAUAACCACCAUGCUGAGUCCUGCAAAUGAUAUCUAAUCAACUCAACUAGAAGGGUUAUUUGUAAUUAAUAAAUGAUUUAUUUUUUA